UUCAUCACAACAGAAAAUAAAUUAAAAAAUAGCACAUCCACAUCACUCAUUCAAAAGCGUAAACAAAAUCAGAAAAAAUUAUCAUUGAUCACACUCUCCAAGUACAAAUUUGGCAAUUUGCCUUCCGCUUCAUCUCCCAUUAUUAAAAUCGCCUAAGAUCACAUUGCAUUGCAUCUUGUGACCUCCUUCCCAAAUUUAUCUUGCCUCCUCUCCAUUUUGUUUAUAUUCUUGCUAUUUCCGAAACUCAGAUUCGGAUUCUCUUCAUUAUUUCGCAUCAAUUUUUUCUCUGGGUAUUCCAUGUAACUUUUCUGAUUUUGUAAUUUUUAAUUUGACAAAUGAUUGAAUCAUGAUCUGGGGUCUUAAAAAUAUUCCACUUUUAACAAUAAUUAUAAAGUUGAUUUAAGGAGAAGCUAUGGGCUCAGCAGUGAUGAACCCUAAAAAUGUACACAUAUCAGAAUCUGGGAUGAAUCGGUUUCUGGGGGAGAGAAUCAGUCAAAAUCUGAAGAAUAGGGAUCUGAGAAUUCUGUUUUCGAGGAAUUUAAGGAUGAAUGGAAAUGGCAAAAGAGUAAUUAAGCCUGGGAUUGCUUAUUCUGUUCUCACCUCUGAUUUUAAUCAAAGCGUUAAAGAAUCUCUGAGAUUUGAGCAGACUUUGUUUGAAACUCCGAGAGCCGACCCAAAAGAUGUGGCUGCCAUAAUAUUGGGUGGAGGUGCUGGGACUCGCCUCUUUCCUCUGACCGGCCGGAGAGCUAAGCCGGCGGUGCCAAUUGGAGGGUGUUACAGGCUUAUUGAUGUGCCUAUGAGCAACUGCAUCAACAGUGGCAUUAGGAAGAUUUUCAUCCUUACCCAGUUUAACUCUUUCUCGCUUAAUCGUCAUCUUGCUCGGACGUACAAUUUUGGAGAUGGUGUGAAUUUUGGUGAUGGUUUUGUGGAGGUUUUUGCUGCUACUCAAACACCUGGAGAAGCGGGAAAGAAGUGGUUUCAAGGCACUGCUGACGCAGUGAGACAACUGGGACUAUUUGAUGAUUCCAAAUCCAAGGAUAUAGAACAUAUAAUUAUCCUAUCCGGUGAUCAUCUUUACCGAAUGGAUUACAUGAAUUUUGUACAGAAACACAUCGACACAAAUGCUGAUAUUACAGUGUCGUGUUUACCCAUGGAUGACAGCCGUGCAUCAGAUUUUGGGUUGAUGAAGAUUGACCACACUGGACGGAUUAUCCAAUUUGCAGAAAAACCGAAGGGAUCUGAUCUAAAUGCAAUGCAAGUUGAUACAACUGUUCUUGGACUUUCGAGCGUUGACGCCAUGGCAAACCCAUAUAUUGCAUCAAUGGGUGUGUAUGUCUUCCGAACGGAGGUUCUUAUGGAGCUUCUUAAUAGAAAAUACCCUUUGAGUAAUGAUUUUGGAUCUGAAAUCAUUCCUUCCGCUGUUGGCGAGUACAAUGUUCAGGCUUAUUUAUUCAACGAUUAUUGGGAAGAUAUCGGGACCAUAAAGUCUUUCUUUGAUGCCAAUUUAGCUCUUACCGAACAGCCUCCCAAGUUUCAAUUCUAUGACCCAAAGACGCCUUUCUAUACCUCUGCCAGAUUCCUGCCUCCAACAAAAGUUGAUAAAUCCAAGAUCGUUGAUUCCAUAAUAUCCCAUGGUUGUUUUUUACAAGAGUGUAGCAUUGAACAUUCAAUUGUUGGAAUUCGCUCUAGAUUAGAAUCCGGUGUAAAGUUUCAGGAUACCAUGAUGAUGGGUGCUGAUUACUAUCAGACUGAAUCAGAAAUUGCUUCAUUAUUGGCUGAGGGAAAGGUUCCUAUUGGUGUUGGACAAAACACUAAAAUUCAGAAUUGCAUAAUUGACAAGAAUGCGAAAAUUGGAAAAGAUGUGGUCAUCGCAAACAAAGACGGUAUUGAAGAAGCUGAUAGACCAAAUGAAGGUUUUUACAUAAGAUCAGGCAUUACCGUCAUAUUGAAGAACGCAACCAUACGGGAUGGGUUAGUUAUUUAGAUCCGGCUUAAUAGCUUUGUUGGGAAGAAAUAAAUUUUGCAAGUUAUCCUUGUGUAACGUAGACCACGAGUUCCCUCCUGUAUAGAUAAACUUAGAUAAUCAAGGUAUUAGUUGCCAAUAUGUUUCUUUACAGUGAAGGGUUUUUAGUUUUUUUUAGUAAUGGUAUAAAUUGCCAAUAUGUUUCUUAAGCUACAGUAAAGAGGUAUUUAGUUUCUUAGUUUCUGAAAAUACAUUAAUUCUAUCACUCAGUAAUCUCUUAUCCAAGCAUUUUUCUUGUGUA